AGUCGACGCUUCGCCCCGAACAAGUGCGCACGUAAUCUGCGUUCGACCGGGAAAAAGCAUGGAAGAGCGCAUCAUAGCGAAGGUAUACGAGCACGAGUUCCUCUACAACGUCCGGCUCUCGCAGUACAGAGACAAUCAGCGUCGGAAGGAGGCAUGGGAACAAAUCGGCCGAGAGCUUAACGUUUCGGCUACCGAGUGCAAGGAGACCUGGGGCAAGCUCAGGAACUGUUUAUUGAACGCGCUCAAAAGGCGGCGGAGCGCGAGCAACGGGCAUGCCACGAAGUUCUCGAAGUGGAAGUACGAGGACCAAAUGGCUUUUCUCAUGCCGUUCCUGUACAGCCGGCAAGACGCUUUCGAUUCAACGCCAUUCUUCGAGACUUCGAAGCUCCGAAGAUACAGUCCUACCCCCGCGCCGAUCGAACCACCUCCUUUAGGAUCCUCUUCUCCGUACUCGAAGCAGCAGUCUGGCCUGGAAUCGUCUCUCCUGAGCCCGGUAAACAAUUCCCUGAUAAACGACGCCCAGGAGGAGAGCGGUUUCCUGCACUCGGACGACAACGCGACGGAGGAAAACUCUCGCACCAGGGUGCAAACCCUGACGACGGUCACCCCCAUGAAGACGCUCAAACUCGAGGAGGGACAGACCACCGGACCCAGCCUCCACGGUCUCCGGACCGAUAGCGAACGAUUCCACGGCAGAGAGUCCUCGACCAGAGAGCACGUCCACGAUGAGACCGAGAUGUUCUACAUCAGCAUGGCUCGGACUGUGAAGAGGCUGCCGGUAAUGGACCAGGCCAAGAUCCGGAUGGAGCUCUGUAGACUGGUGUCCGAGGCCGAGAUAAGAACCUUGCAUGCCCGGCAAAUCGCGUGCACCUCCUCCGACGGGGCCUCUCAUUCGCAAAUCUCCUCGCCCGCGAGAUCGCCCAUGCCCGAUCUAAUUACCGCGGCUCUAAGUACGCCCAUCGCGUCGAUGCAACAGCCAUCUCUCAGUCCGAACAAUCCGGAAUGCAAGACCGACGCGUUCGAAGCGUUCGAAACUCACUCUAUCUCUACAUAAAUAUUCCCAGUCGCGGCCCGGUGAUUAUGCCGGACGAAGCUCUGAAUGAAGUGUCGAACGAAAUACUAAAUGCAGCGCCAAUGGGGAAGAAAGAGAAGCGCAAAUGGGAGACCGCAUUGUCGAGUACAGAGUCACCGAGAGAAUCAGUCCGGACCAAUUCCUAUCAAUUAAACUGUAUCAUACGAUGAAUUUUCUAAGGGGCGGGGCGCUUAAUUUCAUCCCUGCGAAUUAAACGCCCCCGUUGCGUCCGUGCGCUGUUAUCGAUCUAACGUUAGAUGUAGGAUAAGAGGAGCAGGGAAAUUAAUGGAAGUAACCAGAGUAGUAGAUACGUGCACCAGCAAUUUGAUACUUUUUGCGAACACCAUAUCUCCGAGUGAAAAAUCGUUUAUAAAGAGUUUCGUUAAUAAAGUCGCACGCCAUCGUACCGUGCACUCACGUGUAAUGUGAUAUAUAGAGUAAUAAAUCAUAAAGAUCGAGACUAGCCACGCGA